AUGGACAUAUUAUGGCUGCUACUUUCUUUUAUUCCACGGCUUCUAUUAAUAUCCUUUUUUUGUUUUUCGAGUUUCCAUCCAUCCUCAUUGCUAUCUAUCUAUCUAUCUAUCUAUCUCCAUCCCAUCUAUCUAUCUAUCUAUCCAUUAUAUAUCUAUUCUAUCUAUCUAUCUAUCUAUCCAUCCAUAUCUAUCUAUCCAUAUCUAUCUAUCUAUUAUAUUCUGUUCAUUAUCCAUAUCUAUCUAUCCAUCUAUCUGACUAUCCAUCCAUCCAUCCAUCUAUCUAUCCAUCUAUCUAUCUAUCCAUCCAUUAUCUCCAUCCAUCCAUCCAUAUCCAUCCAUCCAUCUAUCUAUCUAUCUAUCCAUCUAUCUAUCUAUCCAUCCAUUCUAUUAUCAAUAUCCAUCCAUCUAUCUAUCUAUCUCCAUCUAUUAUAUUCUGUUCAUUAUAUCUAUCUAUCUAUCUAUCUAUUAUAUUCUGUUCAUUAUCUAUCUAUCUCCAUCUAUCUAUCUAUCUCCAUCUGUUCAUCUAUCUAUCUAUCUAUCUAUCCAUCUCUAUUAUCUGUUCAUUCUCUAUCUAUUACUAUCUAUCUAUCUAUCUAUCUAUCUAUCUAUCUAUCUCCAUUCUGUUCAUUCCAUCUAUCUCUAUCUAUCUCCAUCUAUCCAUAUAUUCUGUUCAUCCAUUCCAUCUAUCUAUCUAUCUAUCUAUCUAUCUAUCUAUUUCUGUCUAAUCAUUAUCUAUCAUAUAUCUAUCUAUCCAUAUCCUGUUCAUAUAUCUAUCUAUCAUCUAUCUAUCUAUCUAUCUAUCUAUCUAUCAUCUAUCCAUCUAUCUAUCAUUCUAUCUAUCUUAUCUGUUCAUAUCUAUCUAUCUAUCUAUAUUCUGUUCAUUAUCUAUCUAUCUCUAUCUAUCUAUCUAUCUAUUCUGUCUUCCAUCCAUCUAUCUCUAUCUAUCUAUCUAUCUAUCUAUUAUAUUCUCUGUUCAUAUCUUCCUCUCCAUCUAUCUCUAUCUAUCUAUCUAUUAUAUUCUGUUCUAUCUCCGACGUCUAUCUAUCUAUCUAUCUCCAUCUAUCUACAUAUAUUCUGGUCAUCCAUUAUAUUCUGUUCAUUAUAUCUAUCUAUCUAUCUAUCUAUCUAUCUAUCUAUCUAUUAUAUUCUAUCAUUAUCUAUCUAUCUAUCUAUCUUAUCUAUUAUCCAUCAUCUUUCAUUAUCUAUCUAUCUAUCUAUCUAUCUCUAUCUAUAUUAUAUUCUGUUCAUUAUCUAUCUUCAUCUAUCUAUCUAUCUAUCUAUCCAUUAUAUUCUGUUUCUGUUCAUUAUCUAUCUAUCUAUCUAUCUAUCCAUAUCUAUUAUAUUCUGUUCAUUAUCCAUCUAUCUAUCUAUCCAUAUUCUGUUCAUCUAUCUAUCUAUCUAUCAUAUCUAUCUAUCUCCAUCCAUCCAUCCAUCCGACGCCCACAUCCAUCCAUCUAUCUAUCCAUCCAUCUAUCCAUCCAUCCAUUCUGUUCAUUCAUUAUCUAUCCAUAUCUAUCUAUCUAUUCAUCCAUAUUCUAUCUUCUAUCUAUCUAUCUCUAUCUAUCCAUCUAUCUAUCCGACGUCACAUAUCUAUCCAUCAUCUGUCUUCAUUCUAUCUAUCUCUAUCUAUUCCCAUCAUCUUUAUCUAUCUAUUCUAUCUAUUCAUUCUAUCUAUCCUAUCUAUCCAUCCAUCCAUAUCCAUUCUCCAUCCAUCCAUAUUCAUCCAUAUCUAUAUCUAUCUAUCUUCCGUUCAUCCAUCCAUCCAUCUAUUCUGGUCAUUAUCUAUCUAUCUAUCCAUCCAUCUUCCAUCUAUCUAUCUAUCCCUCUAUCAUCCAUCAUCCAUCCAUCUAUCCAUCUAUCUAUCUAUUCUCCAUAUAUUCCAUCCAUCUAUUUCAUUAUCUCCAUCUAUCUAUCUAUCCUAUCUAUCCAUCUAUCCCAUAUUCUUCUUCUGUUCAUUAUUCAUCUAUCUAUCUAUCUAUCUAUCUAUUCAUUCUAUCUAUCUAUCCAUCUAUCUAUCUAUCUAUCUAUUAUCUAUCUAUCUAUCUAUCUAUCUAUCUAUCUAUCUAUCUAUUAUAUUCUGUUUCAUUAUCUAUCUAUCUAUCUAUCAUCUAUCUCUAUCUAUCCAUUCAUCUGUUAUAUUCUGUUCAUUAUCUUUAUCUAUCUAUUAUAUUCAUUAUCUAUCUAUCUAUCUAUCUAUUCUGUUCAUUUUCUAUCUAUCUAUCUGAUUCUAUCCAUCUCCAUUAUAUUAUUCUUAUCUAUCUAUCUAUCUAUCUAUUCAUCUAUCCAUAUUCUGUUCAUUAUCUAUCUAUCUAUCUGACGUCAUCUAUCUAUCUAUUCUAUCUAUCUAUUCAUCUAUCAUUCAUCUAUCUAUCUAUCUAUCUAUCCAUCUAUCUAUCUAUCUAUCAUUCUAUCUAUCUAUCUAUCUAUCCAUCCAUUUAUAUUCUAUUCAUUCAUCCAUCUAUCUAUCUAUCUGAUCUAUCUAUCUAUCUAUCUAUCUAUC